CGUAAUUUGUAGUACCCACACAUGACCACACCAAAAUUCCCUACAUUUUCUUCCCCAUUUCUAGAGAGAGAAACAAAACCCCAUUCAGACCCCGACAUUUUCUUUUUCCUCUCUCCUGCAGUCGCGAGGGCUUUUGGCAGAUCGAUUAACUUGGGGGUUUUGUUUUCGAAUUAUUAUUUUUUUUCCUCGAUUCAAUUUCGCUUCUUUCGUUUCUUUCGUGUUAUCUUUUGAACUCAUGUGAAACUGAGCAAUGGAGUAUGUGGGCAGACGGGUGACGAAGGAGUUCCAAGGCCACGGGACGAACUUCGGUUUGGUUCAGGCGUACGAACCGGCAACUGGGGUUUUCAAGAUAGAGAACGACGGUGGAGUUUCUGAAGAAUUGGAGCUCGCCAACGUUUCUUCUCUCAUGCUGUCCACCGAGUCUCCACCUCCGCCGCCGUCUGGGGCUCCGAUCAGGAAACGAGGCCGCCCAAAAAAGCGACGCUGCAUUGUGAAUGAAGGUACGGAUAACUGUAAUCCCGAAAUUGAGGGUGGGGUUGGUGAGAAUUUGUUGGCUAGAGAGGCGGGCCCCGGGGUUUUUGAUUUGAAUACGAAUAGAGGAUUGGAUUUGAAUGUUGAUGCGUUAAAUGCUAUCAGCAGCGAGGAUCAUGGGGUCAAUGUGGCUGUUGCUGAGGGAAACCUACGUGGCUUCGAUUUGAACGAGGGUGUGAAUUUGGAGUUGAAUGAGAAGUCUUGUCUGAAUAAUGUUAGUUGGAUUUCAGGAAAAGAAAUUAUUGAUCUGAAUUUGGAUGCAAGUGAAGAUUGCGAGAAGUUGACUGAUGGGAGAGAAGGGCGUUGCUUUGACCUAAAUUUACAGUUGACUGAGGAUGAGAUGAGGAAUAUGGAAGAAUGUGAGCUGCUAAAGGGAGCAAAUGAAAGCUUUCUUGCUGAAAGAAAGAUGAAAGUGAGCGAAGGUUUGUCUGAGCAUGAUAUCAAGGAAAAUUUAGUGAAUAUGGAUAGCGGAAAUCAUAGUGCUAAUUUAGAGAAAAAAGAAGAUAGCCCAAUGAGGAACUGUGUUUCUGGGGUCGAUAAUGGAAUUGUGGCUACACAAAAGAAGAAAAGGGGUAGAAAGAGAAAAGAUGAUUCGGUUGAUGAUAUUGAAGUAUCCACCCCAAAGCCACAAAAUGGGAACUUGGAACCAGAGUUGGAUAGUGUGGAAGGAACUCCAUUGAAAACAGGUGAUGAUUUGGUUGAUUAUGAAAAUGGAAUUUCGGGAGUUGUUACUAGAGGAAGAAGAGUUAGGAAGAUAAGAGAGGUAUCAGAGAAUGUUGUUGUUCCCUUGCCAACUCCAGGAACAGGAUUGAGAAGGAGCAGCCGUAGAGCAAAAAGAGAAACUUUGUCUGAUUCGGAUAAAGUCUCUAAUGCAGCAGACUUAGACGACAUUGAUCAAAAGUUGCCUUCUCCAGAGAUCAGUUUCAUGUCUCAAGAAAAGAAAAUGACAAAAUCUCGUCGGAAAGCUCCUUGUCCUGUUAUUCUUUCACCUAAAGUGGAGCUGCCACGGCCUUCUUGCAACCUGGACCUAGGCAGAGUCCCUGUGGUCGAUUUAAUUUCUGCUUAUGCAUUCUUGAGGUCAUUUAGCACUUUGUUAUUUUUAAGCCCCUUUGAAUUGGACGAUUUUGUGGUUAGUGUUAAAUGCACAAACUCGACAUUAUUAUUCGACUCGAUUCACGUUGCCCUUCUGAGAACUUUACGAAAGCAUCUUGAGUCACUCUCCAAUGAAGGUUCUGUGUCGGCAAUCAAUUGUCUAAGGUCUCUUAAUUGGGAUCUUCUCGACUUGAUCACAUGGCCGAUGUUUGCAGUUGAGUAUCUAUUACUGCACAGCCCUGGGCAUAUUCCUGGCUUAGAUCGUCGUCACUUGAAGAUUCUUCUGAAUGACUAUUACAAACUGCCCGUCUCAGCAAAAUUCGAGAUACUGCAACAUCUUUGUGAUGAUGUCGUUGAAGUAGAGGCAUUUAGGUUAGAACUGAGCAGAAGGACGUCGGCAACAGAAUACCACAUGGAUUUGGCCCGUGAUGUGAAAUUCGAGAGUUCUCGUAAAAGAAAGCCUGCCAUGGAUGUUGCUAGCACGUCUUGUGUCACAGAAGAGGAUGCCGUGGAACCUGCAGAUUGGAAUAGUGAUGAAUGUUGCCUUUGUAAGAUGGAUGGGAGCUUGAUAUGCUGUGAUGGUUGCCCUGCAGCAUUUCAUUCGAGAUGUGUGGGUGUUGUCAGCAGCCUUUUGCCUGAGGGCGACUGGUAUUGUCCUGAAUGUGCCAUCGAGAAAAAUAAGCCUUGGAUGAAAGUGGAAAAGUCAACCCGAGGAGCACAACUUUUGGGGAGUGAUCUUUAUGGACGGAUGUUUUAUAGUAGCUGCGGUUACCUGUUGGUGUUGGAAUCAUGUAAUGAAGAAUAUUCGUUUUGUUGCUACAAUAAAAAUGACUUGCCUGCCCUUAUCGAAGCUCUGGAGUCAGCCCCAUUUGUUUAUGACUCUAUUAUAAGUGCGAUAUGUGAGCAUUGGAAUGUAGUUCGUGGAGAAGGUGGGCCCAAAAAUGAUUUUGACUUGCGUUCCUGUUCUGUACAGUCAACUUUUCCUGAAAAAGGGCAGCUGCAAAAUAGAGAUAUGGCACCAUCAGAAUUUCUUAACAAGAAUGAGUUUUUUGCUGAAAAGAGGUCUGAUGAAAUGUCCGUGGCGAGUACUGGAAAUACUUUUUCCAAUAAUACAGAACUUGAUAAUGCAAAGAAUGGAAUAGCCAUGCUGGAGAGUGGCAACAACGUAUUGAAAAUGGAAAAUCAUGUGGCAAGUUCUGAAGGGUCAAAUGAUGUCAUGCAGACAUUCUCAAAUACUGAUACCUCAAAGGAAAAAGGUCCUGAUUCUUCGACGAGAGAGCGUGAAAGUUUGAACGAUUGUCAUAUUCUUGGGAAGCCUGUGGAUGGUGGAGAUCAUCACAUGACUUUGACCUCUGUAAAUGUAGAAAAAGAGAAGAAUCUUGGUUCAGAGAAUCAUAGUUAUGCACCCGACAGUAUAAACUCCAAAGUGUUGUCUCCAGUGCAUUGCCAGAGUAAAUAUGCCAAUUGUUAUGAGUUAGCUCGAACAGCAUCAUCAUUUUAUGAAGAAUUCACUAGUAAAUCAUCUGGCAAGACCUCUGAAGCUACCCUAAAAACUGUUGAAGAAAUUAUAGCAGGACAGGUGAAGGUUGUAUCGAACAGAUUUGCCGAGUUUUCUUGGUCGAAUAUUCAGAAAUCAAAUGUGAAAUCCAGGAAGGAAAGAUGUGGUUGGUGCUUCUUUUGCAGGUUUCCUGAAGAUGAAAGGGACUGCUUAUUUAUCAUGAAUGAUGCUAUUCCAGCUGUAGAGAAUUUUACAUGCGAGAUUUUUGAACUUCAGUCUGGAGAGAGGAAGAACCAUAUUCUUGACAUCAUGUGCCAUAUCAUAUGCUUGGAAGGUCAUCUGCAGGGUCUUCUUUUAGGUCCAUGGUUAAAUCCAAAUUACUCCUUGCUAUGGCGCAAAAGUGUUCUUGAAGUGGUCGAUUUGGCUCCGCUGAAGAUGCUGCUGCUCAACCUCGAGUCGAAUUUGCAUCAUCUAGCAAUUUCUGAUGACUGGCGAAAACAUGUCGAUUCUGUUGUUACAAUGGGCUCUGCUUCUCAUAUUAUCAGCAGUUCUGCUCGAGCAUCCCCAAAACAUGGCGUUGGCAGGAAGAAGGCUAAGUCUUCUGAGGUGGGGAUUACUCCAUCUUCAAAUGCUGCCACUGGACUUAGUUUAUUCUGGUGGAGAGGUGGAAGGGGUUCGCGUAUGCUAUUUAGUUGGAAGGUUUUACCUCGCACUCAGGUUUCGAAGGCUGCCCGACAAGGUCUGAAGAUACUGGUGGAGGCAAGAAGAUACCUGGUGUACUAUACCCCGAGAUUGGAGAAUAUGCCAAGCGUACUAAAUCUGCUUCUUGGAGAGCUGCAGUUGAGACAUCGACGAGUGUGGAGCAGCUGGCACUCCAGGCAUAUCAGGGAGCUCGACGCAAAUAUUAGAUGGAUUGAUAUUUGGAAGUCUAACCUUAUCUCCAAGAUAGACAAAGACAUAAAAAAACCUGUCAAGUCAUUUAAAAAGGUUAUAAUCCGUAGGAAAUGCUCUGAGGGAUCAGUGGUCAGGUAUCUUUUGGAUUUUGGCAAAAGAAGAUUUAUCCCUGAUGUAGUUCUGAAACAUGGAACCAUGUUUGAAGACUUCUCAAAUGAAAAGAAAAGAUAUUGGCUGGAAGAAUCUCAUGUGCCAUUGCAUCUCUUGAAAUCCUUCGAGGAGAAAAGAGUUGCUCGUAAAUCUAAUAAGAUGAAUUCUGGAGAACUUCAUGAGAGCAGGGGAAUAAUGAGGAAGCCUGUCGAGAAAAAAGGAUUCGAAUAUCUCUUCUUGAAAGCUGAGAGACCAGAGAAUUAUCAGUGUGGGCAGUGCAAGAAAAAUGUUCUAGUCAGGGAGGCUAUUAUCUGCCAUCAUUGUAAAGGUAUACGCCUCAAUUUGCUAAGGCUUUUCUAUUGUGUUGGUCUUGGCUUUUUCCAUAAAAGGCAUGUAAAGAAAUCUGUUGGGUCCUCUAUAUCUGCAUGUACAUUUACUUGCCAUAAAUGCCUGAGUGGUCAGCUUGUGAAAGCUCAUGGAAAGAAGGGGAAAUCUCAGUUUUCAAUAAUUAAAAAAACAUCAAAACGACUGAAGUCAUUAUGGUCAAAGAAAGGCAAAAAGAUGGGGAGAGUAAAGGGAAAAGUGAAAUCUAAAAACCCUGAAGGGGUUCCUUCGGUAGUACCUUUGCGAAGAUCUGCGAGGAAUGCCGAACGUGUUGCGAAGAUACCUUUGCGGAGUACUAAGGUGAAAAAACGGAAGAGGAGAAAACAGUCAAAAUCAGAAAAGGGCUCAUCUAAGAAGCCCAAAAUUAGUAGUUGUAAGAAGAGGACACCUGCCAAUAGCAGUUACUGGUUGAACGGUCUACAGUUAUCAAGAAAGGAAAAUGAUGAAAGGUUGAUGCAUUUCAGGAGUAGGACGCUUCUUGUGCUUCCUGGGGAGGAGACUUCUGUACUCUAUAACCCAAAAUGCAGCCUCUGUGGCGAACUGGAGCAUAAAUCUGACUUGAUUUAUGUGGCUUGUGAACUUUGUGGAGUUUGGUUGCAUUUUGAUGCUUUGAAUCCUAGAGCUGGUGAGAUUGAAAAUAUUAUUGGCUUCAAGUGCCACUUGUGUCUGCAUAAACGGCCUCCUCUCUGCCCUCAUCCUUGUCCAAUUGAAAAUAAGGACGGACUAAUUACAGAAAGGAAGACCGAUACUGAAUGCACCAUGGAGAAGUCCAAUUGUUUGACUGACCCCAUUUGACAGAUCCCCAUGUCCGAAAUCUCAUUCAGACAGUAAAUCCAAGGAUGAAGGUGUGUUUGUUAAUUUGGAAAGCAGCCAUCUGAGACUGUGUGCCUGAGUAGGACCAGAAAAGAUAGACUUCAUAUUGCGUGAGAAGAUUUGACUUGGUAACUGUUAAAUUGAACAUGGUAUUUAUUGAGGAGGCACCGAAGCUGAAUGUUCACCCUUAACUCAUAACUUUGUGUAGUAUGGUUUGUAAAACAAUAGUUCGGUUGCUGCUUGUGGGGGAGGAAAUUGUAGAUUAGAUUUGAGUCAUACCUUUUGCCUUGUACUAGGUAUUGUGCUUAUAGUACAGAUGUAAAACCUUUUUAGAAUUCUUGAUAUAUCAUUUGACAUUAAAAAGUUCAUUUAGAUGAUUUUCGUUAAAUUUAGAGCAAGUAAUUAUCAACUUAUUCACUCUGGAAGAUGUGUUUUUAUAUUGUGCAGAAUAGUUAUAUGGAUAUAGUACA